AUGCUUCUUCGCUAUGUCUUUCGCGGCCUUCCACCUCUCCCGCGCCUGCGCAGUUUCCCUUGCGCUUCUCGCCGCAGCCUCCCGGGACUUGGCUUGCUGCCUCUCGCGGCUCGUAAGAAUUUGAUCGGAGAAGUUGUAGAUGAUCAGCAGCAGCAAACCCAGGGCGAUCUACCGGACGCAGAGAAGAGCGCCAAGUUCCAUGCAUCGUAG